AUGGUACAUAGUGACGAGCAGAAUUCUGCCCCUCAAAAACGCCUGGCCUGCGAUCGUUGCCACAUGCGCAAACUGCGUUGCUUCCGAGAUGCGCCCAGGAUCGAAUGUAGUCGCUGUAUCCAAUUUGGCUACGCAUGUACUUACAGCCCUCCGUUGAAAUCUGGUCGACCAAAGAAAAGUUCAUCCACCAUUCCCAGGCGCGGUCGAGAGGCAUCAGGCACGGAAUCUCUGCCCAGCUUAGACAGCAGCAGUUUGUCCAGCAGCCUCAGUAUCAACAGCGGCGAGCCGAUCGGAUUGAAUGACCCCUUGUCGUACCCAAUGCACUUAAGUACUAGCUGCGAAGCCCUCAGCGAUCAGAUCUACUUGUCACCCCAGGAAACCGAUUCACUCUACCAAAUUGAUUCCACUCCAGGCGGCUUCGCGCCUACAAAAUUGCCAGCCGUAUGUCCGGACAACCUGAACUUCAAGUGGUUGGAUUUGACCGGGGGUCAUGGUGCCGAAUCUCAUCAUCACCAUUACCAUCACCAUCAUGACCAGAACCAGCACCGCACCGAAGCCCGAAAUAUACCGUCAGCCGAAAGCAGCGUAACCGACCUUGAGUGGGAUUCCGGUUUCGAGAGACCGCCAGCGAGUGUUCCGUACAAGCCACACACAUCCGACCAACUGGCUUGGUCUCAAUCCGGCGCUUCUGGGUGCAAAAAUCUGUCAGAAAUGAUGCAUUCCCUUUCACGAUUGCAGCAAGAGUUGGUUCACUUUCGCAGUCUGUCUGUGAAUGGACUUAGCCUAUCAGAUACCGGACGAGUCUCAUUGCCACCUUUCCACUCAACAUUUAGUCCCAUCAAUUCUAUUCUGAAACCUAGUCAAGAGCUGGUGGAUAUCAUCUCUCAAGUUUUGAACAAUUGUCCACUUAUCUCAGGCAACGGGCACAAACCAGCGCAUUUGACCGUGGACCGGCGAACUCUUCUCUCUCUGAUUUUAACACCAUUGUCGUUGUUGCUAUCAGCUUACAGAGACUUAUUACGAGACAUCCGAACGGCUGGGAAUCUAAAUCAACAACAGCCGCCUCCCAAUCAUAAUCGUACUCGUGGUUCUCAUCAUGAAUUAUAUCCCGAGUCCUUGUCAGCCUCGUCCUCUCGGGAUGGGGUUCUUCUUGAUGAUCACCAGCAAGAGGAACAGUCACGUAAGCAAGGCCGAAGCAAUAAUCAUAUUCCCGUCUCUACAGUAUUCAACUCUGAAUGCCCGACGUCAGAUAACCAUUUCACUUCCCUGAUUCCCGACAAUCUGCAAUUGGCGCUAGAUACAAUGAGUAUAAAUCGGCCACUACAACUAGUACUGAUAACGACCAUUAUCAAGCACCAUCUCACCUGCCUAGGAGAGACUUUGCACGGUCCUAACCUCGAAAUUGCAGAAUCACUUUGUGCAACACCGAUAACAGAGUUGAGGACAUUUAUCAAAAUUCUGUUAUCUGAAGCUCAAAGCCUCUUACAGUAA